AUGGCCCCUGCUCUUGAUUAUCACACUGCUGUUGAGAAUUCCCUCCGCGCCGAACAGGAAAUAGAGGUCAAAGAGCCUACGGCUCUACGGGAUCCCUCAAUCUACUACAACCCAAGACUCGACCCGAAAAACUACCUUGAAGGUCCUCUUUCUCCCAAUCCUUCAACCAGACUCCGACAGAUGCUUGCCCGCCCUGGUAUUGUUGUGGCACCUGGAAUCUGUGACGGAAUUUCAGCACGAUGUGCGCUUGAAGCUGGGUUUGACUGCUUAUACCAAAGUGGUGCCGCGACUACUGCCUCUCGAAUGGGACAGCCCGAUUUAGCCAUUGCUACCCUGAACGACUUUGUCGAGGCCGGCCAAAUGGUUUCUAGCUUGAAUCCCAGUGUUCCCGUGAUCGCCGAUGCUGACACAGGUUUUGGAGGCACGGCCAUGGUUGCUCGUACAGUCAGACAGUAUGCUAGAGCAGGUGUCGCUGCCAUGCAUAUUGAAGACCAAGUUCAGACGAAACGUUGCGGUCACUUGAUGGGCAAGCAAGUUGUGUCCCGAGAGGAGUUUUUAACCCGCAUUCGUGCUGCCGUUAUUGCUAGAGAUUCCAUACCAGGAGGAUCUGACUUUGUCAUCAUUGGCAGGACCGACUCUGCUCAGGUUUUGGGAAUGGAUGAAGCCCUGACUCGCUUAAAACUGGCCGCGGCUGCAGGAGCCGAUGUAUGCUUCAUCGAAGGAGUGAAGACCAAGGAUCUUCUCGAAAAGACAGUAGCGGAGCUCGCACCCACACCGGUCCUUGUGAAUGUUAUCUCUGGUGGUCUGACUCCUUCGUUUACUUACCCCGAAGCAGAACAAAUGGGCGCCAAAAUCAUUAUCUUCUCCCUCGUUUCUUGUGUCGCUAUGGUUCAUGCUUUACGAGCUGCUAUGCACUCACUCAAGAAGACUGGAACAGACUGGGUAUCUGCUCAAGGCAUGGAUCCAAAAUCGUUCUUCGAAGUCAUGGGUCUAAAUGAAAUCGUUGAGCUUGAUGCUCAGGCGGGUGGAUGUGCUUUUGAUGUUGUAUGA